UGGGGCCCGACAUAAUUCGCUCGACCGCCGUUCUUCUUGCUUCAGGGUAAAAAUACAAAGAGACAACGACUAGAAGAGAUGGACUAUAGUUACUUUAUAAAUACACAUUCGUCUAGGAGGAGACCUGCUAUCACAAGGGAACUGACAAAGAAGCAUUACAAUGCUCCUAAAGGUGCCAUCUCCUUGGCCGAGGGUAUGCCCAACGAGAUGACGUUUCCUUUCGAAAACAUCAACGUGAAUUUGAAGGAUGGCUCCACGUUCAGCAUCAGCGGACCAGAGUUGGGCGCCUCUCUCCAGUACAUCCCGACACAGGGUUAUCCGCAACUUCUGCAGAAAUUGAAGGAAUGGACCUUGUUUUCGCACAAUCCUCCGAACUGGGAUAAGAGAGAGGUUCUGGUCACAAGCGGCUCGCAGGAUGGCAUCAGCAGGUCCAUCGAAAUGUGCAUUAGCGAAGGAGAUGCUAUGCUUGUUCAAGAACCUUUCUACGCGGGAACAGAGGCCGUGCUAAAAUCUUUUAAACCGAAACUCUUAGCAAUAGAACAGGAUGAGUAUGGCAUGAUUCCGGAAGUUUUUGUGAGGGUGCUGGAAAACUGGAAGGUCAAGUGCGAUGAGAACAACGCACUUAGGAUGCCCAAAUUACUGUACAUCAAUCCAACUGCAUCGAAUCCAACAGGAACUACGAUGUCUUUGGAGAGACGAAAAGAAAUCUAUAGCAUCUGCUGCAAAUACAACAUUCUGAUCUUAGAAGAUGACCCGUACUACUUUUUGAACUUUAGCGAUAAACUGACCCCGUCAUUCUUAGCUUUGGAUACGGAAGGUCGGGUGUUGCGCUUCGACUCUUUCAGCAAGGUCCUCUGUCCUGGUCUAAGGAUUGGUUGGUUGACCGGACCCAAGCAGCUGGUGCAGAAUGUUGAGCUACACAUUCAAAGCUCGUACUUGCACUCCAGCACCUUGAGCCAAGUCAUAACGUACAAUCUGCUAAACAAUUGGGGCUUCGAAAAGCUUCUGGAUCACAUGAGUUCGGUGAGAGAGUACUACAAAGGAAGGCGCGACCUAACAUUGGCCGCUAUGGAUGAACAUUUGACAGGACUCUGUGAAUGGACGGUCCCGGAUGGUGGCAUGUUCGUCUGGAUUAAAGUAAAAGGGAUUAGUGAUGUCUACGAUAUGUUGAUGACUCGCGGCGAGAAGAAAUUGAUCACUUUCGUCCCAGGCCACUGUUUCAUGUCCGACCCUGCAGCUGCUUGCAAUUUCAUUCGAGCCUCUUACAGCAAAGCCGCCCCACAACAAAUCGAACAAGCUAUGAAACUCUUGGCCGAAUUGAUCAGGGAAGAGAAGGAUCUGAUUAACAAGAAAUUGGAAAAUUUUACGUAAUUCGCAAUUAACAUAUAAUUCGCUAAAUAGAACUGGAACUUAUAGUUUAGUCAAUCAACGUUCUCAAAGUUAGAUAGUUCGUUCCAGUUUUUAAUUACAACUAAUACCAGACAGGAACAUCGUGAUUAUUCUCAUUUUAUUCGUAUUUAGUAUUAUUAACAUUUAAUAUUUUUUGUUGAUACUCUGUUAUUUGCACGAUUUUAUAAAUCACCAGUAAUUCCAUUUAA